AUGGUCGAUUUGAACACGGUAUCGCCGAAGGAUCCGGCGAAGAGGUACUACCUGGCUUUAGGGCUUGAGGGGUCCGCCAAUAAGCUCGGUGUAGGGAUCAUCAAACACCCGUUUCUGCCCGAGACUGGUGCCGCCGCAAAGGAUAACUCGCAUGACUGCCAUGUCGAAAUACUGGCGAACAUCAGGGACACGUACGUAACGCCGCCUGGGGAGGGGUUUCUCCCCAGGGACACCGCAAGGCAUCACCGGAACUGGUGCGUUCGAUUGAUCAAAAGGGCACUGCUGGAGGCCGGUGUGAGGGACGCGUGUGCUGAACUGGACGUUAUUUGCUUCACGAGGGGGCCAGGGAUGGGUGCGCCCUUGCACUCGGUUGCUCUCGUCGCGAGGACUUGCUCGCUGAUGUGGCAGGUGCCCCUUGUGGGGGUCAACCACUGCGUGGGACACAUCGAGAUGGGGAGAGAGAUUACAAAGGCGAAGAACCCAGUGGUGCUGUAUGUCAGCGGGGGGAACACGCAAGUAAUUGCGUACUCGGACCAUCGGUACAGGAUUUUCGGGGAGACUCUCGACGUAGCGGUCGGGAAUUGUUUGGAUAGGUUCGCUAGGACGUUGAAGAUCCCCAACGCACCUUCACCCGGGUAUAACAUUGAGCAGUUGGCGAGCCAAUGCAAGAACAAGGAGACACUCGUCGAGCUACCGUACACUGUCAAGGGCAUGGACCUGUCGAUGAGCGGGAUCCUUGCGUACAUCGACUCGCUAGCAAAGGACCUGUUCAGGGGGAACAAGGCUAACAAGGUGCUCUUUGACAAGAAAACUGGUAACACAAAAGUAACAGUGGAGGAUCUUUGCUACUCGUUGCAAGAAAACUUGUUCGCGAUGCUCGUCGAAAUCACAGAACGCGCAAUGGCCCACGUCAACGCAGACCAAGUACUUAUCGUCGGCGGUGUCGGUUCCAACGCAAGGCUACAGGAAAUGAUGGCGCUCAUGUGCCAUGACAGGGCUCGCGGGAGAGUUCACGCAACAGACGAAAGGUUCUGCAUCGAUAACGGGGUGAUGAUCGCACAGGCGGGGCUCCUGCAGUACAGGAUGGGAAACUACGUCAAGGACCUUUCAGAGACGGUCGUCACCCAGAAAUUUAGGACAGAUGAGGUUUACGUGUCCUGGCGUAAUUGA